GAUAUCUUGCUAGUGUCUCUCUGGGAGUGUACUUCAUUCCUCUUUAUCUCUGUUGACUGAUUCUCUAUAUUUUGCUUUAAAUGGGUGUUUUAACUUAAGAAUUCACACACUUAAACCUAUUAGAGCCUUUAGCAAGUGCAGCUGAACUAAAGUUUUUUUCCUAAGUGCCACAUCUUGGUUAGUUCUUGAGUUAACCACAGUCAGAGUUUGGAAAUAAUGGAGUCGACCCUAAAAUAUAACAAGUUAGGGUAUUCGGCAACUUUCUACGACACAAUUAACAUCAGCUUGCAAAUUCUACUGGGGCAGGCUGAUUAGGAUAAUGGGGUAAGAAGGUAGAGUUGGAGCACUUGUAGCAACACUGUCCCUUACCUGAACCACUGGUAAAUGCCAUCCCCUUUGUAAUCCUUUCCUCCAUCCUCCUCCGUCCCCCAAAGUACAGAUUACUGAAUUGUCUAACUCUUAUAAGCCACCUGCUUUUGAUGCUGAUGCAGGGCUCCCUGGCUUCUCCCCAUGGCUAAUGCGGAAAAAGGGGAGCAUUCGAUAUACUGCCUUGCUCUGCUCUUUUCUACAAUUGGUCUAGACACUCUAUCUAAACAUUGUACACUUUAACAUGCUAUUGCCACAUCUCUCCUCAAACUUCAACCUAUUUUUUUAUUCUCAGUAAAUUUCCAUUCUUUUUCUGCAAGUGUGUACACUUAGCUUCUCUUAGGAAAGUUUCCUUGCAUCGUUUACCUAGCCAAUAUCUCCUUUCUCUCUGGUUGCAAAUACCCAUAGCUUCAUCUGAACAGAUGGCUGAAGGAAUGGACUGCAGGGAGAUAGUAUAUGUUACCUGGAAGACGGGCUCCCCAGAAAAGGAAUAACAACAGAGAGAGGGGCAUCUCUCCAUGACGUGGGUCCGCACCCUGCACUGCAAGAUGUUUGUCAUUUCUGGCCUCUGCCCACUCAAUGCCUAUGGCACUCUCUAGUCAUCCAACAACUACAACUUCACCCCCCACCCGCCGUGACUUCCAGAAGCCUUUUUGGGGUGCAGGAGUGGAGGCUCUACCCAUGUUGAGAAUCACAAGGCUAGAGGGAUUGGAGGAGCCUCUCUCUGGGCAGUAAUGCCUAUGCUAACCUCGAAGGAUGAGUAAGAUCUUAAAACCAGAGACUUUGGGACACAAACAGCAUAUAAAAGGGGGAGCAACAUAAUGUAGACUCUAUCUCACCUGACGAAGCAGUGUGUCCUUGUUGGAUAAUAUAAAGUUGGAUAGAUAGAGCGGAGUUAGAAUUGAUAUGAAGGAGUGUGACAGAGGGCAUAGACUUCUCUUGUCUUGGUUGGAUGCACAAAUCUGUGUGCAGUGCUUUUUGCCCGUUGCCUAGACGAUCACUUGGUUUCUCUGAGGAUGUCUGGUUCUCGUAAAGAGUUUGAUGUGAAGCAGAUUUUGAAAAUCAGAUGGAGGUGGUUUAGCCAUCAAGCAUCAUCUAAUUCUACAGUUGACAGCCAGCAGGGAGAAUUUUGGAAUCGAGGACAGACUGGAGCAAACGGUGGGAGAAAGUUUUUAGAUCCAUGUAGCCUACAAUUGCCUUUGGCUUCAAUUGGUUACCAAAGGUCCAGCCAACUGGAUUUUCAGAAUUCACCUUCUUGGCCAAUGGCAUCCACCUCUGAAGUCCCUGCAUUUGAGUUUACAGCAGAAGAUUGUGGCGGUGCACAUUGGCUGGAUAGACCAGAAGUGGAUGAUGGCACUAGUGAAGAAGAAAAUGAAUCUGAUUCCAGUUCAUGCAGAACAUGGAAUUCUGAACGGUGGUGUUGGAAUAAUAAUAAAUAUAGACCAGUCAUCUAUAAUCAUUUGUAUAAUGAAGAGAAGGGCAUAUCUUUACAUAGGACUUCCAACAGUAGUCAGACGUUAUCAUCCUGCCAUACUAUGGAGCCAUGUUCAUCAGAUGAAUUUUUCCAAGCCCUUAAUCAUGCUGAGCAAACAUUUAAAAAGAUGGAAAACUAUUUAAGACACAAACAGUUAUGUGAUGUAAUUCUAGUUGCUGGUGAUCGCAGAAUUCCAGCUCAUAGGUUGGUGCUCUCCUCGGUCUCAGAUUAUUUUGCUGCCAUGUUUACUAAUGAUGUCAGGGAAGCAAGACAAGAAGAAAUAAAAAUGGAAGGUGUUGAACCAAAUUCACUAUGGUCCUUGAUUCAGUACGCAUAUACAGGCCGCCUUGAAUUAAAAGAAGAUAAUAUUGAGUGCCUGCUGUCUACAGCUUGCCUCCUUCAGCUUUCACAGGUUGUGGAAGCUUGCUGUAAGUUUUUAAUGAAACAGCUUCACCCAUCCAACUGCCUUGGAAUCCGUUCUUUUGCUGAUGCCCAGGGUUGUACAGAUUUGCAUAAAGUGGCUCACAAUUAUACCAUGGAACAUUUCAUGGAAGUAAUUCGAAACCAGGAGUUUGUAUUAUUACCAGCCAGUGAAAUCGCAAAGCUCUUGGCAAGUGAUGACAUGAACAUUCCUAACGAGGAGACAAUACUGAAUGCACUUCUUACUUGGGUCCGUCAUGAUUUAGAACAGAGACGGAAAGAUCUCAGUAAACUUUUGGCUUAUAUUAGGCUACCUCUUCUUGCACCACAGUUCCUGGCAGACAUGGAAAAUAAUGUACUUUUUCGGGAUGAUAUAGAAUGUCAGAAACUUAUUAUGGAAGCAAUGAAGUACCAUUUAUUACCGGAGAGACGACCCAUGUUACAAAGCCCUCGGACAAAACCUAGAAAGUCAACGGUUGGAACAUUAUUUGCAGUUGGAGGAAUGGAUUCAACAAAAGGGGCAACAAGCAUUGAAAAGUAUGAUCUUCGUACAAAUAUGUGGACUCCUGUAGCAAAUAUGAAUGGGAGGAGGCUACAGUUUGGUGUUGCAGUGUUAGAUGACAAACUGUAUGUGGUUGGAGGAAGAGAUGGACUGAAGACUUUGAACACUGUAGAAUGCUACAAUCCCAAAACAAAAACCUGGAGUGUGAUGCCUCCUAUGUCCACCCACAGGCAUGGCCUUGGUGUGGCUGUAUUGGAAGGUCCCAUGUAUGCAGUAGGAGGACAUGAUGGCUGGAGCUAUCUGAAUACAGUGGAAAGAUGGGACCCUCAGGCUCGCCAGUGGAAUUUUGUUGCCACUAUGUCCACCCCCAGGAGCACAGUAGGUGUGGCAGUACUAAGUGGAAAGCUUUAUGCAGUUGGUGGUCGUGAUGGAAGUUCUUGCCUCAAAUCAGUAGAAUGUUUUGAUCCUCAUACUAAUAAAUGGACACUCUGUGCACAAAUGUCAAAAAGGAGAGGGGGAGUAGGGGUAACUACCUGGAAUGGAUUGCUGUAUGCAAUUGGAGGACAUGAUGCUCCUGCGUCCAACUUGACUUCCAGACUCUCAGACUGCGUGGAGAGAUAUGAUCCCAAAACAGAUAUGUGGACUGCAGUGGCAUCUAUGAGCAUCAGCAGAGAUGCAGUGGGGGUCUGCUUACUUGGUGAUAAAUUAUAUGCUGUUGGAGGGUAUGAUGGACAGACUUAUCUUAAUACAGUGGAGGCUUAUGAUCCCCAGACAAAUGAGUGGACCCAGGUUGCUCCACUAUGCCUAGGAAGAGCUGGGGCUUGCGUUGUAACUGUCAAAUUAUAAUAUAGUGCUUUGUUUUCUAAAUGAA